UCAGAACAUUCGGGGGCCUUCCAGAAGGCCCAUAGAACUUUCACGUCCGAUUAAAAGAGGAUCAGAAUUCUGCAGUAACAACUGUAAUGGCGGAAAAAGCAGGAAAAAGAGGAGUGAAUAAGAGCAUAGAGAAGGUGUGCAAAAGAUGCAAACAGGCAUACUCUCCCCCCUCUAACCACCCAAAUUCAUGCCGUUUUCAUCCUUCUUUUUUUGUCUGUCGCCGUCAUGACGAUCAGAAAAGGUAUUACGAACUAGGACCAGAUGAUCCUCCUUAUGCUGCCAAAUUUUAUGACUGCUGCGGCGCAGAAGAUCCUGAAGCAAGUGGUUGUACCACCAGUUUCCAUGUUUCAUAUGAUGAUGAGUAGGAAGAUUCUCAUGGUUUGUUAUGUAACCUUUCUGUAAAGUAGAAACUGUAUAAAGACAAUCUGCAUUUCAGAACAUGUUUUGCCCUUUGAUCUGAAAUGGACAAUCUCCACAUUGUCUAUGUAUCCUAUACAGAGAAAUGAUAGUUGACGGUUAUUUUGGGGAUGAGGUGAUGCUCAGCCUUACUAAUAAUCGAAAGGAGACAGUACUAACUUUAACCAUUAUCUUCUUGGUUUAACAAUAAUGCCAAAUCAUAUCACCACUUGAUAUGAUAAAGAAGUUAGUUAAAUGUAAUAUGGUUGUUGACAACUAUAAUGAAUAAGCAUAAUUUGGUGGAUCUA